GAAGAAGUAAGGUGAAAUCUAGAAAUUAUCUAAAAUGGAUUGCCAGGCGACAGGAAACCCAAAGACCGGAGAGGCAACUGCCCGAUGCGGAGUGAUGGUGGGCGAUGAUCUGGCCAAUGCUCGGGCCGGAGUCUUCGCAUCCACUCCCGGAGCUGGUGGACCCGUCACCAAGGGAGUUUAUGGAGCAGUUAACGGAAACGGACAUGGGCUCUCGCUGCAGCACGGACACGUUGAGGGAGUGGGCAGCACCACCACCGCCGCAGCCCAGGCCAAUCUUCUCCAGAACCAGAACACCUCGCUAAACGCCACUGGCUUCCACAGCCACAGCCGAACCCACGAUCAGUUUGGGGGAGGACUCAAUCUGCAGACAGCAACGGGUCACCAGGCGGCCGUGGGGGUCACCAGGGUUCCACAAUUCGAUAUGACCACCAUCCAGACUUCUGGCAGGGCCAACCUGUACACCUCCCCCAGUGGCAACCUCAACCUCAAUGCCACCGGAAGUGCCAAUCAUCACUUGAGCGGACCGAGGCGUGGCAAGUCCGACUUUGGUACCGGACUCAACUUGCGAUAUGAUUUCUAGUUUUUUGUUGUUAUAUAUGCCAUUAUAUAUAUUUCAAAAGAAGGUUCGUUACUCAUAUUUGAUUUCAAUUUUUAAAUG